AAUAUCAGCAGCCCCCAGCGAGGCGAGGCGGGACACGCACUGUGCAGCUCUGCCCACCUGGACUCUGUGGGACUGACUGCUGCAGCGAUGGAAGCUCCUUGAAGGCCCCUUUUGAGCAACCCUAGCCCGUCAAGGGAAAACGGCACUCACCGCUUGGAAAACUGGGGGGGUCCUUUCUCCUGCACAUCCCAGAGGAGAACCUCUUUUUUUCUUCUUCUUCUUCCUCGUCCACCCUCUUCGGCUGCACACCUGGCCCAGGCAGCUAGGAAUUCCAGCAGAAACAGAGUCGGGCACCCUCGUGGCUUCAUGAAUGUCUGAUCCAGGCAGCUGCACGCUGCAGAUUCAGAGAGCCAGCUCUGAGAACUUUGCUGCCACGGCUAAUUUUGGGGGGACCCAGCUGGAGCAGAGGCUGGGCAGGGCCCGGCCUGACAAAAUGCCCCCUUUCCCACCCCAGCAAGGAUGGGCUCGGGGAACCUUCCUCCCGUUGUACAAUCCCUUGGCAGGGGGGGAACCUGGCCCCCAGGGAGAGAUGGAGCUCACCUGGCAAGAAAUCCUCUCCAUCUCAGAACUGCAGGGCCUUGAGAUGCCAGCUGAAAGCUGCUAUGACCCUGCCUUAUGCGGUCAUGCACAACCAAUGGUGCCACCGCCCAGCUAUGGGCCGUGCACAGAGAUGGGGGACGGUUCGAUUUCCUACAGCCAUCCUGCUCCACCAUACGAGCGCCCCUUCCCAGAAACUCUGCCAGGCCCUUGCACUGUCUACAGCUACACCGGCAUGCUGAUCUCCUCCUCCCUUGAGCCUCCCGGACCUGCCAUUCUGGGCGAAUGUAAAGGGGCGCCAGGGAUGGUGUUGGAGAGGGACUUGGCCAGUUGUUAUGGGCCACAAGGCCCUUGCAAGCCCCAAGAGGACUUGGAAUCAGACUCUGGCUUGUCCCUUAACUACAGCGAUGCAGAGUCCCUAGAGGCAGAGGGGCUGGAGAGGGCAGAGUAUGCGCCACUGUACCCCAUGGACCACGCACUACCCUACCCAAUGUUGCCUCCUGUGCCAGAGGUGCCCUGCGCCAACCCACCCCUGGAACAUUCUCUGGAGAAAGGGCGGAGCCCACGUGGGGAGCUUGUUGGCAGCCGGGACGAGCGGCGGGCCCUUGCCAUGAAUAUCCCCUUCCCAGUCGAGAAGAUCAUCAACCUGCCCGUGGACGACUUCAACGAGCUGGUGACACGCUUCCCGCUGAGCGAGCCUCAGCUGGCUCUGAUCAGAGACAUCCGCCGGCGCGGCAAGAACAAAGUGGCAGCUCAGAAUUGCCGCAAGCGCAAGCUAGAGACACUGGUUCACUUAGAGCGGGAGCUGGAGGAGCUGAGCUGCGAGCGGCAGCGGCUGCUACGGGACCGAGGAGAGUUUAACAGGACCCUGGCGCUCACCAAGCAGAAGCUGGGAGCUCUCUACCACCAGGUCUUUUGCAUGUUGCGUGAUGAAGCUGGCAACACUUACUCCCCUGAAGAGUAUGUGCUGCAGCUCGCUGCAGAUGGCGGAGUCUUCCUGGUACCGCAAAGCAACCACCCAGACAACCCCACUGACUGAACAGAGCAGAUUCUGGUGGGAGAAAGUGCAGGGAUUGAAUAGACCCACUUGACCCAAAAUAAGCAACCCUCUACUGUUUUCAAGGAGCCUCCACCUCAGGCUUUGAGACUACCAAUAGAGGAACACAGUCUAUUGCAAGCCACAUGGCAAAUGGACGCAUAUACAUAUUUGUAACCGAACAAAUCCCAUUGCUUCUGAACUUAAAAGUGCUUAUGACUGUAUCUAAGCCAUUCUUUAAACACACAACCGAGUUACAGAAUGGGGAAGAGGGAAACAGGUCUAGCCAAACUGUGGUAAUCAUUUUUGUUAGCUUGACAUUAUUUGCUUAAUCCACACACCAUUUCUAAGGUUAGUCUUUCCCAGAGAUUGUUUACUGAAGGCAGUACAGUCGUACCUUGGAUCUCAAACGGCUUAGCUGCAGUUUCGGCAACCAAACAAUCGAGAACCGGGUGUGUGUGUGUGUGUUCCAGUUUUCGGAAGCAAAAUCGGCUGCCAGACUCCCGAAACACAUUCUGUUUGGCAACCAGGCUACGACUGUAUUCCCAGACCAUUGUGGCAGGGAGUGGGGAACCUCAAGCCAAGGACCAACCAAAUUCUUCUCCAAGCCUCUUUAUAUGGCCUUCUGAACUCCUCACGCACAGCCUCAUGCUUUAUACCUCAAGUGUUGCCUCAAUGAAACAUGCCCAAGAAUUAUUGCUUACCUCAGUGGAAAGGUUGCAUUGUGUGUGAAAUUUGCCUACUGGCAAGGGCGUUGGACUAGAUGACCCCUGUGUCCCGAUUCUACCGUGCAAAAGCAAACUUGCAUUCACUGUUCCUCCUACUUUUGCCCCUGCCUCCAUCCACCCGCUGGCAUGCAGCACAAAGACUGAAAAAAGAUCUGUAUGGUGGCGUUAGAUUGAAUUCUGAUCAGAAUUGUAUUUGUGGCAAGGUAAAUGAACACUGCAUGUUCUCAGGUAUUUCUGUAAAAGGGGACAUUAUGGGCAGGAUUAGUGCUUGCUAGACAUUAGUGCUUGCACAAGGCCGAUCAACAAUACCUACAGAUUUCUCCACCCAGCCUGCCUUCCUGGUCUUCUGAAACUACAAGGUCUUUAGAAACGUGAUGGGAAACAUAAGGUAUUCCAGAUGAUGGACUUCAGCUCACACUAAGCUCAGGAAGCAUGCCCAAUGGCCACAGGUGUUGGGAAUUGAGAGUCUAGCAGAGGGUGUGUUUCUUAAAUUUACUUAUUGGCUCUGGAGUUGAAUCCAGUGUUUCUCAAAGGGGGUUGGCAUACCCUCCAGUGCAGAAUACUAAGAUCGGGGGUAGGGGAGGUAAGUAAAAAAAAAAAGUCACAAAAUUUCAACCUAUCUGAACAUUCAAUAAAAAAUGAGGCAGCUUGCAAUCUUUUCAGAAUUAGCCAUAGUGGUGCUCCAUUAAGAGCACAGAGAUUCCCGUUUCCCCCACAUUUUGUGGAACUAUGCUUGCUGUUGGCUAUAAGCACCACUUCAGGCGUUUGAAGGCCGAGGGCUCAUCCACAGUGCCCCCCCUCCCACAAUUUUUCCCACUUGUCCUUAUACAAAUCCAAUGUUUUCCGUUUGCUCUGCCACUUUCCUCAGGAAACCCACUGUUUACUGCUGAAUCAGAACAAACAUCAAUCCACAGAAAAUCCAAUUGAUACUUGUUCCGAUUCAGUGGUGAACAGCAGGUUUUCCUGCAGAAAGUGUAAAGACCCCCCCCCCCAAAAAACCCUCAGACCUGUGUAUAGAAAUCAUAAGACAAAAGGAAGUUAGUGAACCCUUCCACAAAAAACUGCAUGAAGGAACCAAAACUGGUUCUAUGACCUAUGUUCUGCUAGAAUAAAUUAUGCAAGCAUACUUGACUAAGUAAGGCUCAGGAAAGAGCAGAGGCUUUUAAGACCCAGAUGCUGCCCUGGGAUCUUACUGUUGCUUCCAGAUUGUUGAGGCGCGGUACAAAAUUGUUUUAGCCAACUAUUACAAACCUGAGUUUUAACAGGGAGGCUAGCUUGUGUCUCAAUAAGUUCUAAGCCUCUGUAAAAGCUACACCAGCAUGUGGGACAGGCUUGCACUAGCUCUGACAGAUCAUCAAUCCCUUGCUCUUUACCCAUGGAAAUCGACAGCAUAAUGUGGUCUCUUAAAAUGCAUGCUGCUUUCCAGAAAUGCAGGCCACCUGCAUCCCUCAGAAUAAGUGUACCAGGGUGUUGGGCAGAACACACUUGUGCAAGAGAGGACUGUGGCAUCAAAAUACAUCUGGCCUGCAAAGCAGCAGGGCCACUCACAAUGUGUACAUAAGUUGCACUUAAAUCUUUCUACAGAAUAAACUCGUUUGGUUAAAUCGUGCCUCAUGUUGCAUUUCCCUUUGCAUUGCAGCAUCAGUAUUUUAAGUCAUUUUGGUUUUGUGCAUGAAAGGUUUGUGGGGCGGUUGUGUUUGACAAACCCAGAGCAACUAGCCGCUAGAGCAAAUACAGACACCCAAUGUAUUUCAGGGAAGCAGGAUGAUCUCAACAAAGCUAUUUGUGUGCUGUGUAAGGAGCAGAGUGCCUUAACUGAGUUAUCUGUGUCUGUCCUUGCUGGAAAAACAACAACGUUAAAUACAAAUAUUGCCCAUUUUAUUGAGAUGGUUUUUUUUUGGCUCCAAUCAUUUUAUUUAUGGGAGAAAUUGUAGGUGUUGAGCAGUUGAAAUCUGAAGACAUAAUUGUAGGUCUACUUCAAUAAAUUCUGCAAUGAAAAGUGCACGAUGAAGUGGAGCUCAACCCUCUUUUUCUAUGAAGGCCAAGAAGGCUGUGACAGAAUAUUAUGGAAUU